AUGGUUGGGAAGCCCCUGAUUGCUGGCCUGGUGGUUCUCCUGGUGGCCGCAGUGAGCCUGUUCCUGGGGGUCUUUAUGGGGCUGGGGAAGAAAAACACGCCUCCCCCCUUGGACCACUUCUACUCAAGGGCUGCUGUGGCCGCCGAUGCUGGAAAGUGUUCAGAAGUAGGGAGAGACAUCUUGAAGAAAAACGGUUCAGCCGUGGACGCUUCCAUCGCUGCCUUGCUAUGUGUCGGCCUUUUGAACGCUCACAGCAUGGGCAUCGGAGGAGGACUCUUCUUUGUCAUCUACAACGCUUCCACAGGGAAGGUGGAAACCAUUGAUGCGAGAGAGACAGCGCCCAUGAACGCCACUGAAGACAUGUUUGGCAACAACACCAAGCUUUCUCGUACAGGUGGAUUGUCCAUAGCCAUUCCCGGGGAGAUCCGCGGUUACGAGAUGGCUCACAAGAGGCAUGGCAGGCUGCCAUGGAAGGAACUGUUUGAGCCCAGCAUUGCCUUGGCUCGUCGUGGUUUCCCUAUAGGAAAAGCCUUGGCUCAUGCCAUCUUAAAGAGCAAAGAUUCGAUUCAAGGAGAUGCCAACAUGUGUGAGAUAUUUUGUGAUUCUCAAAAAAACAUCCUGAAAGAAAAUGAUAUCAUCAGAUUCCCAAAGCUGGCCGACACAUACCAAAGAAUAGCAGAAGAGGGGCCUGAUGUCUUUUAUAAUGGGUCAAUGGCACAGAUUAUCGUGGAGGACAUCCAGGCGGCAGGUGGCAUUAUCACCCUCGAUGAUUUGUUGGAGUACCAGCCUGUGCUGAACGAGAACCCUCUGAAGCUGAACGUCGGGGAAUACACAAUGCAUGUCCCAGACGCCCCCUCCAGUGGCCCUGUGCUGGCACUCAUACUCAACAUAGUGGAUGGGUACAACUUCUCAGACACAAGCGUCUCUACAGCAGAGACGAAGACUCUGACGUAUCAUCGCAUUGUAGAGGCCUUUCGUUUUGCUUAUGCCAAAAGGAGCAGACUUGGAGACCCACGUUAUCUCAAUAUCACCGAUCUCAUCCACAACAUGACCUCAGACUUCUUUGCGGAUGGCAUAAGAAGUAGAAUUACAGAUGACACCACCCACCCAGACAACUACUACGAGCCAGACUAUUUUGUCCCAGACAACCACGGAACAGCUCACCUGUCGGUCAUAGCUGAGGAUGGAAGCGCCGUGGCUGCCACCAGCACCAUCAAUCUCUAUUUUGGCUCCAAAGUCAUGUCUCGAUCAACUGGAAUCAUCUUCAACGAUGAGAUGGACGACUUCAGCUCUCCGUACAUGACCAACGGGUUUGGAAUCCCUCCCUCACCCAACAACUUCAUUCAACCAGGCAAGAGGCCGCUGUCUUCCAUGUGUCCCACUAUCAUCUUUGACAAAGACAACAGAGUGAAAAUGGUUGUAGGAGCAUCUGGAGGCACUAAAAUCACCACAGCUACUGCCUUAGUAAGUCAGAUUCAUUCACACAUACACACGCAAUUACACACUUAUCUGACAUUUUGCAUUUUCUUUAAAACACAGGUAAUCCUGAACUCCUUGUUCUUUAACUACGACCUGAAGAAAGCUGUGACGGAGCCGCGAUUCCACAACCAACUCAAUCCAAAUAUGACAGUGGUGGAGCAGGGCUUUGAAAAGAGCGUGCUGGAGGGUCUGGCCCAGAAGAACCACGUGACCCAGCUGCUGAGGAUCCCGGACUCGGUGGUGCAGGCGGUGGUGCGGCAGGGAGAGCGAUUGUGUGCGGAGUCUGACCCCAGGAAAGGAGGCUACCCAGCAGGAUACUGA